AGAGAAUCCACGGAAAUGCGCCGGAGCGCAUGCGGCUCACUUCGGACCGCGCGUCUCGCUUCCGACGCGCCCCGGCGGCCCUCCCGUGACGAAGAAUUGUCACGUGACACCUGCUUGACCAAUAGGUAGGCGACGCCACAACGCGUCGUCCUCCCGCAAAAGCCUGGACAAGCGCCAUCUUGCUCCCGAGGAGAGGUCGAAGGGCUCUCGUUUUUCGGACCGCCGGCGUGCUGCUGCAGACGCUUCUUCACGAAGGAUCGGUGAACUUCAUCACCGAGAUCAGGGAUGGAGAACAACGGCAAUGCCAGCAACGGCGCACAGCAGGUCGCGGUGCAAGUGGAAGUCGCCGGAAUCGUGCGGCCCUUUGAUCCGACGUCGCACGACUUGGACCCCAGCUUCAGGCUGACGCGGUUCGCCGACCUGAAAGGAUGAGGGUGUAAAGUCCCCCAGGAUUCGCUAACUAAACUCCUGGAGGGACUCUUACAACUCGGCGACGGCGAUGGACCGUGCCAGCAGCGCCAGUAUUUUCAAGUCCAAGGAAUGCCACGUUCGGGCUCGGGCAUCGAGUGCAGUUUGACACCACUGCGUCAUGGUGGGCUGUCGUUGGUCCAAAGCGUCGACUACUUGUAUCCACUGGUCGAAGACCCCUAUGUCAUGGGCAAAGUUGUAUGUGCCAGUGUCCUGAGUGGGCUUUAUGCACACGGUGUGACUGAGUGUGACAAUGUGCUGUUAGUGUUGGGUGUGAGCAGCAAGCUGACGGACAAAGAGCGGGAUGUGGUGUUGCCACUGUUAGUGCGUGGAUUUCGAGAUGCGGCCUCUGUGGCGGGUACCAGCGUGACUGGUGGACAGACGGCUCUCAACCCCUGGCUCAUCAUCGGCGGAUGUGCCACAAGCUGCUGCCAUCCGGCGGAGUUCAUAUCGGCAGACAAUGCAGUGGUGGGUGACGUGCUGGUGCUGACCAAGCCCCUGGGUGUCCAGGUGGCGGUCAGCGCCCUCCAGUGGCUUGAACAGCCGGAGAGAUGGAACAGGGUGCGUCUGGUUGUCGCCGAGGAGGACGUCCACAAGGCCUGCCACCGUGCUCGAGACUCCAUGUCACGACUCAACCGGACAGCUGCGCUUCUGAUGCACAAGUACAAUGCUCAUGGUGCCACGGAUGUGCGGAGCGGGGGUCUCCUGGGCCAUGCACAACUCUUGGCACGGGUGCAGAAGAAUGACGUCUCCUUCGUUAUUCACAACCUGCCUGUGCUGGCCAAAAUGGCUGCUGUGGCAAAGGCAUGUGGCUCCACCUUCCAGCUGCUGCAGGGCUUCUGUCCCGAGACAUCUGGUGGCCUGCUGAUCUGCCUCCCGAGAGAACAGGCAGCAGCCUACUGCAAAGACAUCGAGAAGCAGGAAGGCUAUCAGGCCUGGAUCAUCGGCAUCGUGGAGAAAGGCUGUCGGACAGCACGUAUCAUAGACAAGCCCCGUGUCAUAGAGGUUCCCUCCAAGGACAAAGAGGGUGAACUUUGGUAGCAACAGCGACGUACAUGCCCCACCUGUGACCCUCUCACACACCUGGUUAUUUAUGCCCAGUUCCUUCCGAAUGUCGGCCUGCAGUGGCUGUGCUUCUCUACAGCACUGUGGUCUCACUUCCAUUGCUGGGCAAAUCCAGCAAUGACCUGAGCACUGAUGUGACAACAUCUGGAGUGCAGUGCGGCAAAGAAUGGUGUGUAGGAGCUCGUUUCCCGCAGCUGAUCUAUUUUAGGAGACGUGAAGAAACUUGCAAUCUUGCUUUCUUCAGAUACUGUGUCUUUCAUUGCAAUGGAGCUGUGCAUUUCUAACGUUUACAAUGUGCCAACUUGGGGCGGGUCGAACUAACAGCCAAAAUGAAUCAUUACGUGGGCAGUUCUAAAAUACUUUUCUCAUAAUUUUCAAACACACUGCCAAAUCGAUCUACAGCAUUUCCCGGCACGUUCCCAACCCUACCCUUUCUUCUUGUUACGAAACUAAUCGUUCUUGCUCACUUGAAUAUCACAAGUUCUUUACACACUGAAUCACAAAACUUUGCGUUGGUGUAUUCAAAUAGAAUUUGCUUGUUGCUGGAAUCAUAUGGAAGGUUUUGAUUGAAUUGCAAGGUUUUAGAACGAAAAAAAGGUCUUGAUUUCAAACAUUCUCUAAAGUAGUUUGCAUCAUUUAAUAUAUCGCAUUCAUUGCACUGCUUUCAGCAAUGUGAAAGGCGUUGCAAGCACUGAGCUCUGCACGUGUCCUAGUCUGUUACAGGCACAGGAUGGGGGGGGGGGGGGGGGGGCAAUAAAUCCGCGCACCUACUAAGACUACUGAGCAGCCCCCAGGCAACAAGGUCUUCCACAUUGCCUAGCUGCUGCUUGGCAACCACCGUUUAAGGUACCUGUUUGCAUAGAAUUUCCUACAGAAAUCGCCAGGGGGACACCUGGCACUAGUCGUCUAUGGGAGUUGUAAAGAUGGCGGUUCAUCCAUCACAGGACUGAUGGGCUGCAUGCAUGGAUUUGCUUAAACAUUGCCCUUAUGGCUUCAGAUGACCUUAUGGCAUGUUGGAUUUCAUAUUUGGAAAAUAUAUUUUCCAGUUAGGUGCCACUUUCGUUAUCAUGAGGUUCUUAGAAAGGCAAGAUUUGUAGUGAUUGUGCAUGUGCUUGGAAACUUAUUGCCUCCGUGCGCUUUAUGAAAGAUGGUCGAACAAUGGAUUUGUUGGGCUGGAGCCAGCUGGACAAUGGGGCGUGUCCUAGCCAUGCUGACAGGUCCCUUUGUUCACUUUGUUCGAGUGCCAUUGACAACAGUUAAUCCUGACAUCUUCCUGUGAAUCUCUGGCAGGAUUGAAAUUCUCAUGAAGAUGUCAAAGUAGACAGCUUCGCGAAGACAGCAUCAAAGAUGAAAACGAUGCAGUCUGCUUUUCUGUGUAAACAGGACUAGCUGAGCAGGAUGCCUGGAAACUUUACGGGAAGUUCAUAGGUCGUCUGUGCACAAUAAAACGUAGACACGCUGUCCUAUGCCCUUAUGUAAGUGACAUUGUGUUUUUCAUAAGUUCGCAGGUGCAAAGACUUAAAACACAGAAAUAAUGUGUGCUUUUCUCAACUUUUCCUUUUUAUCACCAGGAGGUGGCGCCAUGUCUCACAAGCAUCUUCCAGAGGGCUCAAAACGCGUUCCGUUUCUUAGCCUUGAAGCUGUCUCGGCUGUCUCCUUAGCUGUCUACGUAGACUGUCUCCGAUGCUGGAGACAUGUAAUUGCUUGCAAUUUAGAGAGGCUUAAGAAAUUGAACCACAAGGACGUCUGAAACCACAAGUGGGAUGACUAGACGAAUCCGUGCACUGCCCAUAUUUGGCUGGAUGAUAGUGCCAGAUUUAGCUCUAGCAGGUUUAGUAGGAAACUCUAUGCCUGUUUGUCGCAGCGAAGUCACUAUGACGUAUGCUGCCACUGCCCAAUUGUUCCCAGGCCCCGCUGCUGUGGUGGUGCGGUCAGUGUUCUUUGUCAUGUCUUUUUAUGUCUAUGAAAAUGCGUUUUUGACUUUGAAAAGCGCGAGUGUGUGUGUGUGUGCGUGCAUUUGGUGUGGUUGCCUCGAUUUUGCAUUUCAUUCAAAAUUUGGUGGGUGAUUUUGCCUUUCCUCACGUUGUCAAACAGUUCUUUUUUGUGUGUGUGUAUUUUUAUGUGGCAGUUGCUAACAUUGUUUUAUGUGUUUGUGUUAGCUUUCCUAAAUGCACUUUGUGGCUGGAAUGGUAGAAGCGCACAUCACUGGACAACCAACUGUGUUUGCUGGUUGGCCUUUGCUGAUUUGGGGUCUGUUGAAGCCACACUGUCGCAUUUGUCGAAUGCAGAAGACACUCUUGUACUUUUAAAGAUGGAAAAUAAAUUUCUGCUUUGGUGAAAUUUUCACCUUUUAA